AAAAAAGAAACAGAUUAAACUAAUUGGCAUCAGGAAUCAAGAAUUAACGUUGAAUUCCCAUUGUCGUACUAGCAUUCAGGUUUUGGGUGGAAGGUAAAAUCGGGUCGAAGAGUACACUGUUUUGGAUUCACUUUCCCUCGUCACUAUCAUCGUCAAGAAAACAAAAGCCGCCUCUGUCGGUGUCGUGCUACCCACCCAGCCAUCCCUCAAAACUCACACACCUUUCUCCUUUCUUUUCCGAGUUGCAGGUUUUUCACUUUAGAUCUCUUUCUUGGUUUUCUGACUCGUAAAGCGGACAAGAGGCAGGAUUGGUUGAGAGUUGUUGGCUUUAUUGUUAGAGAGAGAAAUUGUAGAAGAUGGAAGAUUGUGGUGAUUUUAUACAGUGGCUUGGACCAGACAUGUCUAUGAAAAUCCUGGCUUGUUUGGAGGACCCUUCUGAUUUUGUUCGUGUUGGCGCUGUCUCGAGCUCCUGGCGCCAAUACGUGAUUGAAAAUGGGUUUUGUAAACGUCUCUGCUUGGAAAUGUUUCCGGAAGUAUCGAGUAUUGCUGAUGCCAUCGAAGGAGACAAAAACACGAUUGACACCGUGGAAGUUGAGGUUGACGAGUCUGUGAAGUUGGCACGCUUGGAGAGGGAUCACCGAGUGUAUGCCUUUUUGAGCAGAGGGUUGAGUCCCUUUCUGAAGAAAGAUUGCAUCUUGGAGGCCAUUUGUGCAUCGAGCACUGAUAACUAUCCCGAAGAAAGCAUCCGGAAUACUUUAGUUCCAAAUGAUAUGGUUGGUCGUAGCGCUUCAUACUGGUCGAGCAAAGGAGCAAGUGACCCUGCUGUCCCCGAGACACUGACAUAUGAACUAGCUGCAAAGUUUUGCGUGAUUACUGAGAUUCAUGUACAGCCGUUUCAAGCCUAUUUUCAGUUUGGCUUCCCGAUAUAUUCAGCGAAGGCAGUGCGGUUCAGAUUGGGGCAUCCUAAGCAACCUAUGGAAUUAGAACGUAAUCGCACAGAUGAGUUUGGAGGCGUUAAAGAACCGUUUAGUGACAAGUUUGUGUGGACAUAUACCUCGCCUGAAUUCCCAAUGGCUCAAGAUAAGAAGCUGCAAAAAUUCAAGCUGCCGAAGGCGGUGCUUUGUGUUGGAGGGAUUUUGCAAUUAGAAUUGUUGGGCAGAGUUCAGAGACAAGAAAUGGAUGGCCUGUUUUAUAUAUGCGUGGCCCAUGUUCAAGUUGUUGGGAGACCACUCUUACCUGCAUUCGAUGCUGAAAUACUCGACCAAUCAGGGAAGUGCAUUUUGAAGUACUACCCGGAAGAAAAGCAUCCCGGGUCUCCUUCCAAGUCUGGCGAAGAGCAUUCAAGUAGGCAGUCUUGUUUUCAUAGAUUCACUUCACGUAUUCGAAGAAGUUGGGACCAAGCAAUUCUGAACACGGUAAUUUCAGCAGGAGCAGCCUUUGAAGACAACAACGAGGCUGCUUAGAUCCUCGUCUCUCUGUUUGCUCGUGCUUCUCGAGGUUCAUGAACAUCUCAUAACUGGAAUUUAUUUCUAUGAUUGUCUUGUGUAUAACUUGCACCAGGCAGACAGCCCAGAUUACCUGGUACAAGUGAGUGUACAUAUGUUACUGGAACAUUUAGUAUGAAUCCUUAAAGAAUCCAUGCAAUAAAACCUGCAAAAUCUUUCAUUGCUGUUUCAUCAA